UCAUAUAGAAACAAAACUCCAAAACAACAAAAAAUUUACUCACUCACACACCCAUCUACCACUUUCACCAUUCUCAUCCUCUGAAAUUGAACCAUAAUUGCAAAUCCAACCAAGAGCUACCAUGUCAUCAAGUGGAACCAUUUGGAACUAUGAAGAAGAAAAAGCAUUUGAGAAUGCAAUUGCUAUGCAUUGGAAUGAUGAAGAAGCAGAAUCAGAAGAGCAAUGGGAGAAGAUUGCUUCAGAAGUCCCCAACAAAAGCAUGGAAGAAGUGAAGCAACAUUACCAGGCACUUGUAGAUGAUGUGAGUGCAAUUGAGGGUGGUCUUGUACCAUUUCCAAACUAUGUUGCUGAAGAAACUACUUCUUCAAAUAAAGAUUUUCAUGGCUCUCACAAGUCCAAUUCUUCAGAUAAGAGAUCAAGUUGCAAUUUUGGAAGUGGGUUUUCUGGGUUAGGACAUGACUCUGCCACACAUAGUGGUAAAGGAAGCCUUUCAAGGUCAUCAGAACAAGAAAGGAAAAAAGGAAUUCCUUGGACAGAAGAGGAGCACAGGUUAUUUUUACUUGGUCUAGACAAGUUUGGGAAAGGGGAUUGGAGAAGCAUUUCAAGGAACUUUGUGAUUUCUAGGACACCAACUCAAGUGGCAAGCCAUGCACAGAAGUACUUCAUUAGGUUGAACUCCAUGAAUAGAGACAGAAGGAGGUCUAGUAUCCAUGACAUUACAAGUGUGAACAAUGGAGAUGUGGCUAGUAAUCAAGCACCAAUCACAGGCCAGCAUGGCAGCACAAUUCCUCCAAGCACAAUGGGUGUAGGAGUAGGACAUUCACUGAAGCAUAGAGUUCAGCCCCAUCAUAUACCUGGUGGUUUAGGCAUGUAUGGAACACCAGUUGGGCAUCCUGUGGUGGCUGCUCCUCCUGGCCAUAUGGCAUCUGCAGUUGGGACUCCUGUUAUGCUUCCUCCUGGACACCACCACCCUCAUCCCCAUCCCCAUCCUCAUCCUCCUUAUGUUGUCCCUCUAGCUUACCCAAUGGCACCUCCAACAAUGCACCAAUAACAAAGAAACAAACUUCGUUUUUAGUUUUAUAGCAUGUUUGGAUCAAUUUAUUUUUUCUCAGAAUCAGUUCUAGCAUCCAAAAGCUAUUCACGGCCAUAAUUGAUUUUGGUUUUAGAAUCAAUUGUAGAAUUAUUUCCAAACAUGAUAUUAGUAUGGACUCGAGGGAAACUCGAGACACGAGGCAAGGGAGGUUCCUUUUAUGUGAAAACUCAACUCUGUGAUGUUAAAUUCUACUCUAGUUUGAACAAAGCAUUUGAUGAAGUUCAGUCCAGUGUUACUGUGCUUA